AUGCAAAAUACAAUUCGAGAUUAUAUAGCCGACAAAGGCAAAAUAAAAAAUUUUCUUAGUGAAUUUGAAGUCGAUACUGCAGAUGGUCACAGAGCAUUCAAAUAUCAAAAACAACUUAAAGGUUUGGCCAAUCGUGAACAAACUGCUAUUUGCAUUGAUUUGGAUGAUAUUGCAUCAGUUCAAGAGCUAGGAGAACUUUCCGAUGUAAUCACAGAAAAUACUCGUCGUUACACUCAGUUAUUUGCUACAGUCAUUCAAGAAAUGUUACCAGAAUAUAAAGAUCAAGAGCUGAAAAAUAAAGAUGUAUUGGACGUUUAUAUUGAGCAUCGUAUACUUAUGGAACAACGUCUCCAUCGUCAGGACGAAGCGCAUGAUAAAAUGAAUCGUUAUCCUGAUGAAUUAAUGCGACGUUUUGAAAUAUAUUUUAAAGCAUCUACAUUGAGUAAAUAUUUAAGUGUUCGACAAGUUAAAGCUGCCCAUAUUGGAAAAUUGAUAACAGUCAAAGGUGUUGUGACACGAACAACCGAAGUAAAGCCGAUGAUUAGUGUGGCAACGUACACAUGUGAUAUAUGUGGUUCUGAAACAUACCAACCAGUUACUUCACCCACAUUUAUGCCGCUUCUUAUGUGUCCAAGUCAGGAUUGUGUGAUUAAUAAAUCGGGUGGUCGAUUAUCAUUGCAAACACGUGGUUCAAAAUUUAUUAAAUUUCAAGAAAUUAAAAUACAAGAACAUACUGAUCAAGUUCCAGUUGGUAAUAUUCCACGGUCAAUGUCAAUUUGGUGUCGUGGAACAAAUACACGUUUAUGUCAACCGGGCGAUCAUGUAGCUAUUACCGGCAUAUUUUUACCAUUAUUAAGGACGGGUUUUCGACAAAUGGUACAAGGAUUACUAUCAGAUACAUUUUUAGAAGCACAUAGAAUAGUUUUGUUGAACAAAAGUGAAGAUGAAGAAUUGGAAGCAAAAGAAAUGAAUGACGAUGAGUUAGCUGAAUUAUUUGCAGAAAAAGAGUUGUACGAUCGUUUAGCAAUGAGUAUCGCACCAGAAAUUUAUGGUCAUGAAGAUAUAAAGAAAGCUUUGCUACUGUUAUUAGUUGGAGGUAUCGACAAAUCACCUCAAGGAAUGAAAGUUCGCGGAAAUAUCAAUAUUUGUUUAAUGGGUGAUCCUGGUGUUGCUAAAUCACAACUAUUAAGUUAUGUCGAUCGUUUAGCACAGCGUAGUCAAUAUACAACAGGUCGUGGUUCAUCGGGUGUUGGUUUGACAUCAGCACUCAUCAAAGAUCCAGUGACAAAUGAAUUGGUGUUGGAAGGUGGUGCAUUAGUUUUGGCUGAUCAAGGCAUUUGUUGUAUUGAUGAAUUUGAUAAAAUGACUGAGCAUGAUCGUACAGCCAUCUAUGAAGUGAUGGAACAGCAAACAAUUUCGAUAGCUAAGGCUGGUAUUUUAACAACAUUAAAUGCGCGUGCUUCAAUUUUGGCUGCAGCUAAUCCUGCGUAUGGUCGUUAUAAUCCAAAACGUUCAAUUGAACAAAAUAUUCAAUUGCCAGCUGCACUAUUGUCUCGUUUUGAUUUAUUAUGGAUCAUUCAAGACAAAAAUGAUCGUGAUAUUGAUUUGAAAUUAGCACGACAUAUAGCAUCCGUUCAUCAAAAUCAAUGUCAACCACAAGAUGAAAAUAAUAAAGAUUUUAUUGACAUGAAAACAUUACGACGUUAUAUAGCUGCAUGUAAGAAUAAACAGCCGCUUGUGCCAGAAGUAUUAUUGGAUUAUGUUGUUACGGCUUACGUUGAAUUACGUAAACAAGCACGAUGUAGUAAAGAUAUGACUUAUACAUCAGCUCGAAUGUUAUUAUCCAUAUUACGUCUGGCAACCGCUCUGGCACGUUUACGGUAUGAUGAGGUUGUUAAUAAAGAAGAUAUUGAUGAAGCUUUACGUCUAAUGGAAUCAUCUCGUUUAUUGCUAAAAGAUCAUGACAAUCUACCAACACGACAAAUGAGUCCCAUUGAUCAAGUGUUUGCUCUUAUUCGUGAUAUGGUACCAACGGCCGGUGCAAAAGUUGUUCGUUAUGCCGAAGCGAAAGAACGUUGUCUCACAAAGGGUCUUAAACCCGAUCAAUUUGAUGAUGCAUUAGAACGUUAUGAAGAAAUGGGCUUAUGGCAUGUGAAUCAACAGCGAACAACAAUUACUGUUGUUUAG